CUAUGUGGAGUUUAUGGACAAGAACUACCCUCCGGGGUUCAGCUACGCUGACUUUGCUCCCAUGUUCACGGCUGAGUUUUUUGAUGCUGUCCAGUGGGCCGACCUGCUCAAUGACUCGGGGGCCAAGUAUGUGGUUCUCACAACCAAACAUCACGAAGGAUUUACUCUGUGGGGCUCGCAAACGUCCUGGAACUGGAACGCGGUUGACGUGGGGCCACGGCGGGACCUGGUGGCGGAGCUGGGAGACGCGAUCAGAGGUAGAACGGACUUGAGGUUCGGGCUCUACCACUCCCUCUUCGAGUGGUUCAAUCCCCUCUUCUUGGAGGAUGAGGCCAACCACUUUAAAACCAACAAGUUUCCCUCCAAGAAGAGCCUUCCCGAGCUCUACGAGAUUGUCAACAAGUACCGGCCGGAGGUUCUCUGGUCUGACGGUGAUGGUAACGCCCCCGCCUCCUACUGGAACAGCACUGGCUUCCUGUCCUGGCUCUACAAUGAAAGCCCCGUGAGGAAGACGGUGGUGACGAACGACCGCUGGGGGCUGGGGACCAUCUGUAAGCACGGAGGAUACUACACCUGCGCUGACCGCUACAACCCAGGCCACCUCCUGCCCCACAAGUGGGAGAACUGCAUGACCAUCGAUAGAAAAUCCUGGGGCUUCAGGAGGAACGCGGAGCUGAGAGAUUUCCUCUCCAUCCAGCAGCUGGUUCAGACUCUGGUGGAGACGGUGUCGUGCGGGGGGAACCUGUUGGUGAACAUCGGACCCACCCACGACGGACAGAUCAUCCCUCUGUUUGAGGAGAGACUGCGGCAGAUGGGCCAGUGGCUGUCAGUGAACGGGGAGGCCAUCUACAGCACUAAGCCCUGGAGACAUCAGAACGACACUGUCACUCCCACUGUCUGGUACACAUCCCGCCCGGAGCAGAGCCUGGUGUACGCUGUGUUCCUAACGUGGCCCAAGACAGACAGCCUGAUCCUGGGAGCUCCCUCGGCCACAGCCGGGCACAGCAAGGUGACGCUGGUUGGAUACUCUGAGCCCCUGAGGUGGCAGGCGAUGGGGAAGCAGGGGCUGCUGGUCACCCUCCCCACAUUCAACCUGAACCAGUUACCGUGUCAGUGGGGCUGGGCUCUGAGACUCCACAACAUCGCCUGAGCCCAGCCUGGGUUAGCGCCUCCUCAGCCUGUCAUCACCAGCCUGUGCGAGAGUGCGUGUGAUCACAGGCUUGUGUGACUGUAAGUGUGUGUGUGUGUGAUUACAGGCGUGUGUGAGUGUGAUUACAGGUGUGUGUGAGUGAUUACAGGAGUGUGCGAGUCUGAUAGCAGGAGUGUGAGUGAUUACAGAUGUGUGUGAGUGUGAUCGCAGGCGUGUGUGUGUGUGUGUGUGUGUGUGGGAUGAUAACAGGAUGGAGCUGAUGGAUGGCAGUGGGGACUGAUGAGCUGAGUGUGAGCCUCGGGGUGUCAGCCGCAACAACAGCAACUCACAUUUCACGGCGGGAGGACAUCUCAAAGCUCCUCACAUGGCGCUGUUGUUGGACAGACAGGAGAGGGAAGCUUUUGGGUUCCAGAUGAGCUUCGCAACCUCCGAGCUCCAGGUCACACAGAACCUCAGCAGCUGCUCCGUUCUCUCCGCACGUUCCUGCUCUCCCACCUUAGUAACGUUAGGAUGUCACAAGGCAGUGGGACAAGAAGACAUGGGUUUAGAGUUACAAAGGAGCAAUUUCAUUCCAGACAGAUCAGGUCCAGAGUUGUCGGGUUCCUCCAAGCAAUUGCACUUACUGUAUGUCAUGUCUCAAAUUACUGAUAUUCUGCAUCCCACAAAUAUUAUUUUCUAAACAAAAACAAGAUCUAAUUUGUAUUUGAAUGAAUGUCAUUAAGGUGUUUGUUACGGCGAAGGGAUGAAUCUUAACUGCAACACAAUGCAACACGAUUUACAUUUCUGUCAGGAGGAUGUCUGAGAGCGAUUAAGAUUGUUCCCUGAAAGUCCUGAUUGUAAUUUUGUUUUAACUGUUGAUUAAUACUUCUUUAGAAUAAAAGGUCUUCGAAAGCAAAUCAUUU